CACCUGCCCAAAAUAUAACAGGCGUUACCAUGGAUCUGACAGCAUCCAAUGAGGUCCGUCCACGUGGAAUCAGAUGCAGUGCCCACCGCCGACUUAGCCUCCCUCGAAAGUAAGAGAAUUUUCCCUCGUAAGCCAAGAGUGAAAUGAAAUGAAUUGAAUCGAAUCGAAUCCUCCUCCCUUGUCGCCACCCUUCGUUGCAUUACCCGUCAGGGCAAGGCCAGCAUAAAAACAAAAAAACAAAAAAAAUAAGAGAAAAAAGAGGAAAAGAAAAGGAAGAUAGGUUGAUCAAACUCCAAGGUCUGGGUGCUUAUUUGAAUUUUGCCUUUGGAAUUACAUUCCCCAACCUCAACAAGUGCGUCGCCCAAAGAAUAAUAGAAAUUCCAUUGAGGAUGCAACGUGUUGUUGACAAUGCUCUUGCUGUUACUAAAGAGUCAGUGAAGACAUUCACCUAUGAGUGGGUGAACAAUAUUGUGAGGGUAAUCAAUGAAGUAUCAGCUCUAUUGUUGGCAUUACUACCGGGAAAGGCUAAUAUGCUUGAAGGUGUUCAAGGUUGGGAGCUAAGACCAACCUUUCGUGGACCACGAUUUCCACGAUGGAUGGAAAAUGGUGUGUCCUCAUUCAACCAGUUCAUUCAUGAACUUGCUGUGGAUUCUGAUGUUUCAAGCGUGGAAUAUUCAUCUGGAGAAGAAGAUAGUGAUGGAUAUGAGUCUCCUGAAUCUCCCUUAUCUCAAAGUUCCAGAGCUUCUAGAGUUAGUGCUACCAAUCAUGGUAGGCAUCCGACGCAUUGGAUGCAGCAUAUCUGGCUUUGGAUUGUGGUGUCUGUAAAAUUUUUGCUGGGAGCUCCAUUUCAUCUAUUCAAGUUAGCUUAUUCUGGGGUGUCAAAAGCACUUUCUACCUCCACAAAACAAGACCCUUCACAAGUACCUUCACAUAAAAGAGUGCAAAGCCAUAAGGACCAAAUUAUCCACCGAACUACUGAUAGGAGACGUGGACUCAUCGAGGAUCUUCAUGUAGGCAUUGAGAUAUCCAUAGAAGCUGUGUUUGACUUCGUUCACAAGGCAGUACAUCUCCUUCUUUCUCCAUCAGAAAUGUAUGAGAAAUUAACCAAGUUGUUUUCAUCUUGUAAAAAUGAUCAUGAUAGUGGUGAAGAUACCUCCAUCUCUACAACUACACUUGGAGAUAUUGACCCAACACCUACAGAGGGAAAUGCCAGUUCUCGUCAGCCACUAAACACUGAUGGCAGGACAUGUCAGGAUGUCAUAACAGAGUUUGGGUAUCCUUAUGAAGCUAUUCAUCUUGUCACUGCAGAUGGAUAUGUACUUCUUUUAGAAAGAAUACCUAGGCGAGAUGCAAGAAAAGCUGUUUAUCUUCAGCAUGGGAUUUUGGAUUCGUCAAUGGGCUGGGUAUCUAAUGGUGUUGUUGGCUCUCCAGCUUUUGCAGCUUAUGAUAAAGGUUAUGAUGUAUUUCUGGGAAAUUUCCGCGGUUUGGUUUCUAGGGAGCAUCGCAACAAGAACAUCUCCUCACGUCAGUAUUGGCAAUACUCCAUCAACGAGCAUGGGACUCAGGAUAUUCCUGCUAUGAUUGAAAAAAUCCAUGAAGUAAAAACUGCGGAAUUGAAGCUUAGUAAACCUGAUAUCGAGGAGGAAGCUAAUGAUGAUCAAGCUUACAAGCUUUGUGCAGUUUGCCAUAGUUUGGGAGGAGCUGCCAUUUUGAUGUAUGUUGUUACAUGUAGGUUAGCACAGAAGCCCCAUAGACUUUCAAGAUUGGUUUUGUUAUCACCUGCCGGUUUUCAUCAUGAGUCUAACCUGAUAUUUAAAGUGGUAGAGAAUGUGGUUUUGAUGGUUCCUAGUUUGUCUCGUAUCUUCCCAGCCUUCUAUAUACCGACCAGAUUUUUUCGCAUGCUCUUCAACAAGUUAGCUCGGGACCUGCAAAACUUACCUGCCGUUGGAGGACUGGUUCAAACUUUAAUGGGUUAUGUUGUUGAUGGGGACAGCUCAAAUUGGGUUGGAGUUCUAGGACUACCACACUACAACAUGAAUGACAUGCCAGGAAUAUCUUUCAAUGUUGCUAUACAUCUUGCACAGAUAAAGCGUACAAAAAGGUUUAGAAUGUUUGAUUAUGGGAGUGCAGAUGCUAAUAUGGCGGUGUAUGGUUCACCUGAGCCAUUGGACUUGGGUGAACACUACGGCCUCAUCGACAUUCCUGUUGAUCUGGUUGCUGGGCAAAAAGACCACAUUAUACGACCUUCAAUGGUUAAGAGACACUAUAAAUUGAUGAAGGAUGCCGGGGUGAAUGUGUCAUAUAUUGAGUUUGAAUAUGCUCAUUUGGACUUCACCUUCUCCCACGAUGAGGAACUUUUGUCAUACGUUAUGUCACGUUUGCUGCUGUCGGAGCCAAAUCCGAAACAUCAAGUAAAUAAAAAAGCGUUAAGGUUAAGGAGGAAACAACAGCUUUCACCUAGUGGGUAGAAUACGUUAAAUUCUACUCGCACUCAUCUCUUCCUGAAGUACCUGAUGCGGCUAUGCACGUUUGAUACAGAGUUGCUCUAUGAUCUCCUCCUUCAAAGUUAUCCUUUUGUGGCUUAGAUUUUUUUUAAUAGACCUUGUAAAAACGUGCGAGUCUACAUUGUAAAAUAGUGUUUUACCAUCUGAUUGCUGCAAAGGCCUCAGAGAAAGUAUACGUGUAUUUCCGCCGAUAAAAUGUAUAUUGUUCUUGUAUGUUGGUAUCA